ACGGUAUUACAACCAACCGGCGGCGCGUGUGUGCCAAAACGGUUUUGCUUUCGAUCGAGAUCUCGCAGUUCGGCGGCUAGACCGCUCCACGAGUGAAAAUGACGAUCUCAAAGAAUAAUAAGAUGCUGCAGCAUAUCAACUACAGGAUGCGAGUCACGCUGCAGGACUCUAGAAGUUUCAUCGGAACUUUCAAGGCUUUCGAUAAGCACAUGAACCUGAUUCUGACCGAAUGCGAGGAAUUCCGAAAAAUUAAAGCGAAACAGGGCGGCCAGGAACGAGAGGAGAAGAGAGUUUUGGGACUCGUCCUAUUGAGAGGCGAGAAUAUCGUAUCGAUGACCGUCGAAGGUCCUCCUCCGCCCGAGGAGACGGGACUCCCGAGAGUACCUGGCGCGUCUUCACAAGGAAUGGGUCGCGCGGCUGGAAGAGGGAUGCCCGCGGGACCUUUGGGAACCAGCGCCCCUGCAGGACUCCAAGGACCUGUGCGUGGUGUGGGCGGACCUUCAACUCCUCAAAUGACUCCUCAAGCCCGAGGAGCUUCCAUAUCCGCGCCCCCCAUGCGAAUGCCCGGCGGAGGAAUGGUUCCGCCGGGAAUGGGACCACCGCCUGCGAUGAGGGGACCCAUGCCUCCGGGGAUGAUGGGGGGAAUGCGCGGACCGCCGCCGGGAAUGCGAGGACCACCGCCCGGGAUGAUGCGAGGACCCCCUCCCCCACCACCCCACAUGCGUUAA